AUGAAAAUCCCAAACAAUCCUGGUGCCGGAGAACUUGGCUAUGAGCCUGUUGUAAUAAAGGAUGAUGAUGGAUAUGAAUUUGAUUCCUUUAUAACCCCCGAUCAUUAUAAAAAAUACCUUCAAAGAAUUUUGAUACCACAAGGAUUAAUAAAAAGCAGAGUUGAAAGAUUGGCUUUUGAUAUUAGUAGAACAUAUAAUGGUGAAGAAUUCCAUCUUGUUUGCUUAUUAAAAGGAUCAAGGUCCUUUUUCACAUCUUUGUUGAAAUAUUUAGAUAGAAUACAUAACUACUAUAUGGGUGAUGUAUCAACUAACUCAUACAGAGAACACUAUGUACGUGUAAAAUCAUAUUGCAAUACUCAAUCAACUGGUAGAUUGGAAAUAGUUAGUGAAGAUUUAUCUUGUUUAAAGGGUAAAAAUGUUUUAAUUGUUGAAGAUAUAAUUGAUACUGGUAACACCUUAUCAAAAUUUUGUGAAUAUUUAAAAAAAUUCGAACCAAAAACAAUAGCAGUUUCAGCUUUAUAUCUUAAAAGAACCCCAUUAUGGAAUGGAUUUAAAGCCGAUUUUACUGGAUUUUCAGUACCUAAUUUUUUCCUUGUCGGCUGUGGAUUAGAUUAUAAUGAAAAUUUUAGAGACCUUAACCACGUUUGCAUAAUUGCUGAUGAUGGAAUAAAGGCAUUCAUGCAACCAUCAUCUUAA